UAAGGAUGCAAGUGGUACCUCAAAUGCAGCUUGGAACAUCACAUCUUCAACAAGCACCUACCAGAAACCAACAUGACGCGAGCCCCAUCCGUGAGAGGGUGACCCGAUCGACCCCACAUCCAAAUGUGGAUACCCAACCUCCACAACCUCUUGAUGCUGAGCAGGAGAUUCAGGCAGCUCCCUUUGUAGCACCUGUCGUUGCUGAUAGACCUAUCCGUGGCCCGACACGAGGCUUAAUGGUUCAGCAAAUAUUCGACAAAGAAGGAAAGCUUCUUGUUCCCAUCCCACAGUGUUUUCGUGCACCUAUCGGGAAGUUUGCUUGUAAACUUGCCACACAGAUUGGUGUAGAGGUUCGAACAAAUUUGGAAGAUCUUACUAUCCGUAGAUGGAAAGCUGCAGAUGAAAGUGUGAAGGCACCUAUGCUUCAACGCAUUAAGGAUCGAUUUAACUUGGAGAGAGAUCCCAUUGAUAUUGAGAAGGCAGUGGCAAGACAAUUUGGGCGUAGACUGAGUGAUUACACCCAUCUGCUUUACAGAAAGUAUAAGAAGCUUAAGAGUACUAAGGGGGUAGAGUAUGCCAGAAGCCACCCACCAUGUGGCGUCGGUCACGAACAGUUGAUCGGUCUAAUUGAUAAGAAAUGGAGUGAUACCAAAUUUCAGAACAAAUCAACUAAAAACAUAAAGAAUCGGAGCGAAAUGAAGUCCAAACAUAGAUGUGGUUCGAAGUCCAUCCCAGUGAGGGUAGCUGCAAUGAUGCAAACCAAUGGGAAUCGUGUGCCGGACUUGAAAGAAGUUUACAAAUCUACCCACUUCAAUGAAGAUACAAAAAUGUGGAUCUCUGAAGAAUCCGAGAAGAACUAUAGGAAGAUCAUAGAGGUAGAGGCUGAACAUUGUACUGAGGCUGGUGUGACACCGAUCACACAAGAGGAGCUUUCAAUCAAGUCGCUCAAGGCAAAAUCAGGAUACAUUAAAGGAUUGGGUAUGAGGCCUUCCUCAUCUCUUAGGACCACUAUUGCAUCUGCAGCCAACAGUCAAUACGUAUCGCAUCUCGAGUCCCUGGUAGAAGAAUAUCAAAAGGAAAGGGAAGCACAACAGCAAAAGAUAGAUGUGCUUUCACAGUCAAACAAGCAGAUGGAGUUGACGACAGCUACAAUCAUGGAGUAUUUGAAGCACCAAGGGAAUGGAUUCAGCAAAUAUAUUGAGAAUUCAAGGAGCACAUGAACAACAUGCUAGAUGGUUAAUUGGAUAUGUUGAAGGUUGGUGGUAUAUAUGACAAGGCCAAGAUUUUUGUGUGUUGAUACUUCUUUUUGUUAUGAUGGGCCGUCCAGAAAGUUGGUGGUAUAUAUGACAAGGCCAAGAUCUCUUUGUGUUGAUGUUGAUACUUCUUUUUGUUAUGAUGGGCCAUCCAGAAGGUUGGUGGUAUAUAUGACAAGGCCAAGAUCUUUUUGUGUUGAUACUUCUUUUUGUUAUGAUGGGCCGUCCAACAACUUUUCCUUUUUGUUUGUGUCUUCGACCGCUACUCACUAAUUAGUGCAUCACUUAUAUUACUAUCUAUGUUCAGUUAACUUGGGUCUUUUUGGACAGUGAAUGGACACCUUGAAAUCUUUAUUACUUUGUUUAGCUGUUUAUGGUAAUAUGAAGGUUAUUAGUGA